AGGCUAUUUAUGUCAGAGUUUCUGUGUGACCUGGCCAUACUAGCUUUUUUUUUUAAAUAGAAUUUUUAAUAAUGGUGGUUCGAGAAACAAACAAAUACGGAAUUAAUAGUAUAUAAUAAUCAAUGUGUAUACAUAUUGAUUGUUAUAUCAUAUUUAAAUUUUUUUUAUCUAUUGGUAUAAUUUUGAUAGCAUCUAAGUCCUGCUUUUUGGUUGUAUUUUUGGCUAAUCAAAUCGAAAGUUGUUUAAGUAAUUUUUUCGUAUUUCGAUCAAAAACGAGGAUUUCAACAACAACAGAAAGAAGUUUUUUGCUGCACUAAAAUGUUUACUAUUAUUGCACUAAAAGUAAAUGGUUUAUUGCAAUAAAACCUGAAAAGUUAUCUUUUGAUUUAUAUUAUUCUAGAAUUUGUUCUGACAAUUUUAUUACAGUGUCCUCAAAGAUCAAUGUACUGCCAGAUGACUUUGAUUUGAUGUUUUCUGACAUGGUCUUAGAAGAUGAGAUGAUAGUUGCUCUUCCUAAUCCAUGUGAAAUCGUUGUCAAGAUUAUUGAAUCAGACCCAUCAUUCCAAAGAGUAACAUAUGAACCGACAUUUCUUGAAAUGUUGAACUCUGUUCCAAUUUAUAGCCGAGAAAGUUCAGGGGAUACUCCUGGUACAAGUAAAAGCUCGACACAAUCAUCGUUCAUUUUGCAGCCACAAAUUAUGAAUGUCCCAGCUACUGUCCAGUCUCCACUUUCUCUAGAGAUUGGAGUUAAGGUAUGUUGCUGUGGAUUUAUGUCUGAAAAUAAUGCACGUAUGGACAGACAUUUAGGUAUAAGUUCAAUAUGUAAAAUUGUUUGUAAAAUUUGUAAUGCCUCAUUUAAAUCAACAAAAGGAGUAUCAAGGCACAUUUGCAAAAAAAAUGAAAAAGCAGUUUUACCCUUUCCAAAGAUAAAAAUAGACUCACAAACAACAUUUGCAAUUAAACUCUGUGGUCAGUUGAGAGUGCCUUCAACAACUGUCAAUACAAUAUUUAGUAUUUCCGCCAAUAUGUUACUUAAUAUUCGGAAGGUAAUUAAAGAAGAGCAUUUUCAUACUUUUGACAAGUAUUUUUCACAAGUGGAUAUCCUUAGUAAUAAAUAUCAAAGAGAAAAAUUGUUAAAUGAUUUGUUUGACGUUUUGAAAAUAAAUGAAGUUUUGUUUGCUGGUGGCAAAGGUUAUAAUUUUUUACUAUUUGACAUUAUUAAUUUCCUUUUGCAAAUUGAUGAGUUUGUACAACUUUUAAGUAGGAAAGAUGCUGAAGCAAAUUAUCGUACAGAUUUCUCUACACACAAGCCAUUAGAAUUUUCUCUUAGCUUAUAUUGUGACGAUAUAGAAUUAGCUAACCCUAUUGGCAAACACAGAAAACUUCAUAAACUAACUAUUUUCUAUGUUCAAUUUCAUUCCUUGCCAUCAUAUAUGCGUUCUACUUUAAUAUCAGUUUUUCCACUUGCUGUUGUGCCUGUAAAGUUAUUUAAGUCUAAUAAAAAAGGGGCUUAUUUUCAGUACUUAGAAGAUUUUAUUACUUCCUGUAAUCUUUUGAUUAAUGGUGUUACUUUUAAUUCAACGAUUGGUUGUGUAAAACUAUUUUUAAAAUUUGUAAUAUACUUGGGAGAUACAUUAGCUUCAAAUCAUAUUUGUGGAUUUAAAACCAGCUUUGCACCAAAUGUAUUUAGAUGCUGUCGUACAUGUCUCACCACAAAUAUACAAAUAUCAUCAAUUUACAGAGAAGAUAUGUGUAUGUUACGUACUCAAGUAAACCACCAGCAACAUAUCUUAGAUCUCAAGAGUGUGAAAAGUAAAAAAUCUAAACUCUAUUGGUCAAGAUUUUAUGGCAUAAAUUAUGAGAGUGCACUUUUACUAAUCACCGCUUUUGAUAUUAUUGAAAACGCGCCACACGAUCCCAUGCACAUUUUGCUUGAAGGACUAGUGCCCCAUGAACUAUGUCUUCUGAUGCGAUUGCAUAUUUGUGAAAAACGUAUAUACUCAUUAGCUGCACUUAAUAGUUUUAUUAUCCAGUUUCCUUAUUCAUACUCUGAAGCCAGAGAUAAGCCCAAUAUUUGUCCAACUACCUUUGAUAUUUCAGGGUCUCAAACAUCUGCUCAAAUUUUGAUUCUUGCUCGUAUCAUUCCACUUUUUAUUGGACAAUACAGCAAUUCCAAUGAUCCUUAUUAUGUUAAUUUUCUUGAUCUUUUACAAAUUCUUCAACUUACUUUGUCACCAAUAACUACGUAUAGAACUAUUUUGGAUUUAGAAACUCUUAUUGAAAAGCAUAACAAAUCAUUUACUUUAUUGUGGCCAAAUAAUCUGAUACCAAAGCAUCAUUUUUUACUUCAUUUUGUUGGACAAAUGCAUCGAUUUGGUCCACUAAAAAAUCAAUUUUGUAUGACUUUUGAAGCAAAGCACAAUAAAAUAAAAAGUGUACGAUGGCAUAACUUUAAAAACAUUGCCAAAUCAGUUUGUCAAUAUCUUCGAUGGAACACAAUUUCAAACUUCCUUGAUGAUAAUGGUCAACUGAUACCUUAUCCUUUUAUGGCAAAGACUCAGCAUUUAAAAAAAAGAAUUGUAAUUGGUUCAAUUGUAUACCAAGUUGGUGAUAUUAUUUCAACAAUUGAUGAUUCUUAUCAACUUUAUAAGAUCACUGACCUUCAACCUAAUUGCGUAAAAGUUUGUAUCAUGACAAUUGACAGCUAUAUUCCUCACAAACUGGCUUUUCAUGUUAGAAGUACUAAUACUUUUAAAUCAAUUGUUUUAGAAAAUCUCCAAAUUACGUGGCCAUUGACAAAAUUUACUGUAGAUGGCACAACAUUAGUUGUGCCUAGGUCAAAACAUUGUCUCAUAGUUUUUUAAUAAAUAUUUUGAAUAUGAAUAUAUAUUGUUUUUAAUUUUUUGCUGUUUUUUUAGAGAAGUUUGUGUUUCAUUCAUUUAUAUAUAAGCCUAUUAAUGCAUACAGAAUAUAUACUUGCUAAAGUGUUAUCUAAGCAAUAAAAUGUUUAUAUAUA